AUGAUCCUCCUCUCAGUAUUGCUGAAACCUGGGGUCGCAUUAGGUCAUUUUCAUGAAGUUGGUUUGAGAGGAUUAAGAAGCAGAAGUCACGUGAAGAUAGUGUGGAGGUGGAUGAGGAGGCAGAAGCUUAGACUAAUAUUCAACCAUGUAGGGUCUCAGAAGCAGUUUCUGGUUCUGGGUAUGACUUGGUUUACAGAGCCCAACUUCAAGCAGCAGGCUAAACCAGUAAAUGAUUAUCCACAACACAAGUCCCCUUGA